CAGUGUGUGUGAAGGGAAUUGCAACGCGUGGAUCAGUGGUCGGGACGUACUGAGAGACUGACACACACACUUACAUACAGAGACAGAGAGAUAUACAGUGUUAGAAGAGGAGGAAAAGAAGAAGAGAAGAGGGAGAAGACGAAGGAGUCUCUAGAGUAUGGCGAGACUUAAAACAUCUAUAUUAUUACCAUUACCCAGGCACACCAUGGGAGCCACCGCCUUCGUGCUGGUGGCGGCGGCGUGCGUGGCGGGGGUGCUGGGGGACGCCAAGCCUGACACCAGCACCAGCAGCAGCAGCGAGGAGGACAUCCAGGGCAGCCACUCGGUCCCGUCCCCUCACUUCAUUCCUUACGGUGUGGUUACUCCCCUGGCGCCCACCGCCCACCUCACCCCCUCCAUCAGACCCGCUAUCUACAACGGGGGCAGGUCCACCGCCCACGUCCAAGUCCUCCAUCCCGGGGCUAAGGCUUUGGGCAUCAAGAAGGUGGUGGUGACCCGCCCGCCGCUCUCCCACAAGAAUUCCGGCAACCUCUUCCUCGGCUUCGGUGCUCCCAGCUUCACCCCGGCGCCCGCCCGCCACAGGCCAGCGGGACACGACCAUAAGCAGUCCGGUUCGUGCCCUCGCUACACCCGCUGCGUGCCGCUGGUGAUGUGCUCCCCGUGCUUCGAGGAGAUCGAGCCCAACUCCUACUCCCUCACGUGUCCCCUCUACAGCGGCGCAGCGGGAGUGUGCUGUCCGGACCUUGGGGGGCCAGGCACCACGUCGCGCGUGUUACCCCCUCCCCGCCCCAAUGCGCCCCUUAGGAGGCUCAGCUUCUCCAGCGACAUGGUCAACGAGGCCGCCCGCAGCUCUCUCUGGCAGCUGGAGGAGCGCGACAAGCUGGAGUAUUUCCUGAUGAGUAAUGGCAUCACAGUGACCCAACCGGGAACCGCCGAGUACUCCCACCUGCAGUUCUUCCGCACCUCGCCCCUCGCCAUGAAGAUCAGCAGAGACGCCCUCACCCACACGGGCGCCGGGGACUACCUCCUCACCAGGCUCCGCCUCUCACCGGCCGAGGCUAGCUUCGGGCUGCAGCAGGUCUCCUUGAAGGACUCCAUCAUCGAGAACACGUGCCCAAGGCGGCCAAAUUGCGGCAAGAAGGAGAAUUUUUACCGCACCAUCGACGGCUCCUGCAACAACCUCCAGAACCCCCGGAACGGCCAGGCGAGGACCCCUUUCACGAGGAUCACGCCGCCGCGGUACAGUGACGGUUUGUGGCGGCCAAGAAUCAGCGUGACGGGCCAGCAACUCCCUUCGGCCCGCCUGGUGUCCACAACCAUCGCACGUGACGUGGACCUCCCCAACAAUGACCUGACCCUCUUCGUGAUGCAAUGGGGACAGUUCAUCGACCACGACCUCACCCACACACCCAUCUUCAGGUUCUCUAACGACACGGGCAUCUUGUGUUGUGAUGGAGCCCGCCCCGUCCACCCCUCCUGCUUCCCCAUCAUUAUCCCCGAGGACGACUACUUCCACGCCCCCCGCACGCGCCGCCGCUGCAUGAACUUCGUCAGGUCCAUGCCCGCCCCGAGGAGCUGUAACCUGGGGUACACCGAGCAGAUGAACCAGAUCACGCACCACCUGGACGGCUCCAACAUCUACGGGUCCAGCCGCUCCGAGGAACAGGAGCUGCGGGAACACAGCGGCGGCCUGCUGAGGGUGAACAAUGGCCUGCUGCCCGCGGAUCUCUCCACCAUGAUGUGCACCGUCAGCGAUCUGCCCUGCUUCAUGGCGGGCGACAACCGCGUCAACGAGCAGGCUCAACUGGCGGUGAUGCAUACCUUAUGGGCGAGGUUCCACAACGUGAUCGCGCGGGAGCUGUCGCGCCUCAACCCGCACUGGAAUGAUGAGACCCUCUUCCAGGAGGCGCGCCGCAUCGUGGUGGCCAUCUACCAGCACAUCAUCUACAACGAGUGGCUGCCCCUCAUCCUGGGCAAGGAGUGCAUGGCUCGGAACGGCCUGCUGCCCCUCCGCCACGGCUACUCCAACAUGUAUGACCCCUCCCUCAGCCCCAUCGUCACCAACGAGUUCGCGACGGCCGCCUUCCGCUUCGGCCACACGCUCGUCCAGGGCAUGGUAGACCUGUUCGGGAGGGACGGCUCGCACACGGACCGCCUGGACCUCGUGGAUCAGUUCAACAACCCGUCGCUGAUCUACACGCCCGGCAAGCUGGAUGAGUUCCUGAGAGGCCUCGCGACCCAGCCCCCGCAGCAACUCGACAACUUUGUCUCCUCGGCGCUCACGAACAGGCUCUUCGAGAGAGAGCAAGCUUUCGGAUUCGAUCUUGUGGCCCUCAACACUCAAAGGGGCCGCGACCACGCCAUCGGGACAUACAACGACAUUCGCGAGGUGUGCGGACUGCCCCGCGCCAGGACCUUCGAGGACUUCCUGGACGUCUUGCCCUCGGAGGUGGUGGCCGGGUUCGCCCGUAUCUACGCCUCGCCGGAAGAUGUUGACCCCUUCAUAGCGGGCAUUUCGGAGCGCCACGUCCCAGGCGCCAUGGUCGGCCCUAUCUUCAAGUGUAUCAUUACUGACCAGUUCGCGAGGUUGAGGCAGAGUGAUCGCUUCUUCUACGACCUCGGCGGGAUGCCCACUUCGUUCACGGAAGCCCAGCUUCAGCAGAUCCGCAGAACCUCCUUCGCACGAGUCUUGUGCCUGGCCGGCGAGAACCUUAGAGGCAUCCAGCCCCUUGCGUUGAGGGCGCCACGGGGAAUAAACGAGCGAGUCGCCUGUGACAACCCGGCCAUCCCCCACCUCGACCUCACGGCAUGGACCUCCACCACGGGCUCCAACCAUUACUAGCGGCCACAGAGGAGGGGAACACGUGUCGAGCAUGACCAGUGCGCGAGGGCCACUACUUAGACAUUCAGCAGUUACAAGAUUAGUUUAUAGGUUACAGGAAUACGGGAUCGUCAGGUAGAUAGCGCUGAAUCAUCCGUGUUUUGUGUGUGCCAUGACCAGGAAAGGAAAAGGAGAUGUCGCAGGUGGAAAGGCAGGUGUGAACUCGGUAAACGGUGUGAGGCUACGCAGUGUUGUGUGGUGGGAGCAAGAGAAUGUCCCCUUACCGUGUGAUGUAUGCUGCUUUAAGUCAAGGUUGCAAUGGGUGUUGCCACGUGUAGAACUGUCAGUCUUUCCCAUCACCACCAGAUAAGAGAGACGUCGUAAGUAUAUACUCGUCAGCGGUGUGAGGUUGAGCAGGAGGAGGAUAUAUUGCUUGCGGUGUGCUGUACGUCAAGGUUGCUGUAGGUGUCGUGCGUAGAACUGUCCGUCCACCCAUGCUGUAUUUACUCACUACUGCCAGCACUUUCGCCAACCCCUCACAAGCCUUGAACACAUCAUGCACGUAAACAAAACAGCAAACUCAUUGUACAGAAGAAAAUAUACAGUACCAUACGCUGUCACCUGUCAAUCUUAGCCACGAGGAACACCUACUACACCACCAACAACCACCUUCACCAGCUCCUCGCAAAUCCAUCCCACCUCCUGCAAGAUUAAUGAAGUCACCGCACAAAAGGAAGACCUCAAAUUAGCCCACUGGUCGAAUAGGCGGAAAUAUUCAAUACUCUUCCAUCAGUCUUAACCACCAGCAACAUCCAUCACCACCACCACCUCCCGUCUCCUUCAUGAUAUUAAUACAAGACAACAGACUGGUCGUAUACAGGAGGAAACACAGGCACCACAGAGUCACAGCUAUCACAUCACAAGUAUCACAGGGGCCGUGUUGUUACCAAAAAUAGCCACGAGAAAUUCAAAUUGAUACUAGUACAAUAGUUUUUCUUUUUUGUGCUCUAGGUACUUUCGAGAUCCUGACGAUACCUAGAGCACCCAAAAAAUAUUAUCGGUAUCAAUUUGAAUUUCGCGCCGCUUUCUUGGCAACAACAUGGCGACUAUGAGAAAGUUGGCCAAACUCUUCUAUGGCCAAACUCUUCUAUUCUAAACUAUUCUAUGGCCAAACUAUCUUAUGGAUCUGGGGAAUAUGUGAUGAACAAGCCGGAAAGAUGAUACUUAAUGAAAGGGGCUGCAAAGUAACGUGGAUUUUAGUUAAGUGGUUCGACGUUUUUGCGUGAAAACAGAACGAAAAGGUUUACAAAUAGUGAUCGUUGGAUGGACUCAAGCGCAACUGUGGGAUGAUUGACAAGAUGAAUUUUUUUAUGUAACUAGUCAUCUUGUUGUGUGCGUGGAGUAUACUUAAAACAGGUGCAGAAGAUGAUCUUGUGGCCAAAUAUUGUCAUUCUUUUUAUUUCUCUAGUUAUUUAUAGACUCAUUUCUGAAACACACACAUACGUUUAUUCUCUCUCUCUCUCUCUCUCUCUCUCUCUCUCUCUCUCUCUCUCUCUCUCUCUCUCUCUCUCUCAAUCACGUCACACUCCAUGCUUCCCUUGCCAGCAUAAUAACUUCAUACACAUUAUCUUUGUAAAUUAAGUCUUGAAUAGAGAUACGAAAACAUGAAAUAAACAAAGUAUCAAAUAA